ACCAUCUAAGCUCCUUAAAUUAAGAGAUAUCUUUGAACUUGGCAAGCCAACCAGACCCAGAAGGACAAUUUUCUAUAUAUGGUCAUUUGCUUUGAUGACAUCAUGUACUCAGGGUAUUGAUCAAUCUGCACACCACUCCAACCUCUCAAGAGCCAAAGAGUAUAAUAGAGAGGUGUAACUGAUAUGUGCCUUAGGUCAUCCAGUUUCGGGAUCGGAGAGCUGUUUAUUGUCACUUCCAUUCAGAUCUUCAUUUGGUUCACACAGAAGGCAGGAAAACAAGGAAAUAAAGACACCAAAGUCAAAUAUGAAGUUGUAUAUGCUGUUUGUGAUCUGUGUGGUUCUGUGUUUAAUCACUGAAUCGCUUGAUGCAAAACGGAGACCAAAUAAGAAAUCGAGAACAAACAAACAUGAGAAAAUGAAAAAGAAGAAUAAAAUGCCCAAUGUACAACAGAAUAUAUAUGAUGAUCUGCCAGCUUUAAGGCUUAUGAAUAUGGUAGACAAUCUGCCAUCAAAAGAUGUCAUUCCAGUUCUGAACAUGACAUCUACAUUGAGUGUGAAUGUUGGAAUUGCUCUUCUGAAUCUCUUAGAGCUUGAUUACUCCCACAUGAAAGUAAUCAUUUGGCUUAGAUUGACUUGGAAGAAUGAGUUCCUGCAAUGGGAUCCCGAAGAUUACGCUGGAAUAAAUUCCAUUCGUGUUCCAAUCGAAAAAAUGUGGAAACCUGAUAUUGUUCUAUACAACAGUUUGAAAAAAUCAGAGAUGUUGUUUGAAGCCCUGGCUGUAGUCAACAAUGAUGGCACUGUUCUUUGGGUCCCAAGCAUGGAGAUCAUCUCCAGUUGUAAAAAAACAGAGAAAACACCCAACAAGUGCAGCAUAAAUUGCCCACUGAAAUUUGGAAGCUGGACGAGGGAUGGGUAUCAACUUGAUCUUACCUCUGAGAAGGAGAUUGAUCUGAAUGAUUACCAAGAGAAUGAGGAGUGGCAAGUGCAGGUGCAUACACAGACCAAGCAUACCAAGUUCUACCCUUGUUGUAAGGAGCCAUACCCAGAUGUCACUGGCAAUCUUACAUUUGUUGCGAGAUCUGAUAGCUCAGAUGAAUGCUGAUGACUUACAUCUUACAAAAUAUAUGCAAAGUAUAAACUGAUGUUAAGACUGAAAACAGGCUUCUAAAUUAGCAAAUGACUUUAAGACAAUGUAAACAGCAUGUCUUCUAUUAGAGAGGAAGUCCCUGGGAAAGACUCAAAUUACAAUUUAGAGCUAGGCAUAAUAUUUUUAGG